UGACAACAAGUGUUGCCAGCUUCUGCAAGUUUGAGGAAGAAGCAGAGAUAGGAGGAGAGCAGGAAGAGGAGACCUUGAAAGAAAGCAAAACAUAUUUGUAAGACCAUAACACCUCGGAAGCCGCAGCCAUGAAUGGAACAGAAGGUCCAGAUUUCUAUAUCCCCCUUUCCAACAAGACUGGGGUAGUACGGAGUCCGUUUGAGUAUCCGCAAUACUACCUGGCUGAACCAUGGAAAUACUCUGCGCUGGCCGCUUACAUGUUUAUGCUGAUUGUUCUUGGCUUCCCUAUCAACUUCCUGACUCUGUAUGUCACCAUCCAACACAAGAAGCUCCGUUCGCCCCUAAACUACAUCCUUUUGAACCUGGCAGUUGCUGAUCUCUUCAUGGUUUUGGGAGGCUUCACCACUACCCUGUACACCUCAAUGAAUGGGUACUUUGUCUUUGGGGUAACAGGUUGCUACUUUGAAGGCUUCUUUGCUACUCUUGGUGGUGAAGUGGCUCUGUGGUGCCUGGUAGUCCUGGCCAUUGAAAGAUAUAUAGUGGUCUGCAAGCCCAUGAGCAAUUUCCGAUUUGGUGAGAACCAUGCCAUUAUGGGUGUCAUUUUCACGUGGAUCAUGGCCCUAUCUUGUGCUGCUCCCCCACUGGUCGGAUGGUCCAGGUACAUCCCAGAGGGCAUGCAGUGCUCAUGCGGGGUUGAUUACUACACCCUGAAGCCUGAGGUCAAUAAUGAAUCCUUUGUGGUCUACAUGUUCAUAGUUCACUUCACCAUUCCAUUGAUUGUCAUUUUCUUCUGCUAUGGACGCCUGGUCUGCACUGUGAAAGAGGCUGCAGCCCAGCAGCAGGAAUCAGCUACUACCCAGAAAGCUGAGAAAGAAGUUACCCGCAUGGUCAUCAUCAUGGUCGUUUCUUUCCUGAUAUGCUGGGUCCCCUAUGCCAGCGUUGCUUUCUACAUCUUUUGCAAUCAGGGAUCUGACUUUGGCCCUGUCUUCAUGACCAUCCCGGCAUUUUUUGCCAAGAGCUCUGCCAUCUACAACCCAGUGAUCUACAUUGUCAUGAACAAGCAGUUCCGUAACUGCAUGAUCACCACCCUCUGCUGCGGGAAGAACCCACUUGGUGAUGAUGAAACUACUACUGGUAGCAAGACGGAGACCUCCUCGGUGUCCACCAGCCAGGUUUCUCCUGCAUAGAUUCCUCCUGGAAGCAGCUGAUCUCAGGGCUGGCAUGCAUUGUCAUCAUGGAUACUCAAAUCCCAUCUGCAUGAAUGUAGUCAUGUUACUGUAAUGACCACCGCCACCUGCAUCCAAUUCACAAUUGACCCAGCAGGACAGACUUUUCAGUUCUGAUAAUAGAAAUUAUUUGAAGAAGCCUGUAAAUAUUUUUAAAACUUAAAUACAAAGGGUUAGCACCUCAGCUGGUGUAAAUCAGUGUAUAUCCGUUGACUUGUAAAGAGUUAUGCCCAUUUACACCGACUGAGUACCUGGCUCAUCAUCUCUAGCGCCGCACAGAUGGCUGGAUGUUCCCCUUUCACCGAAUGGAAAAGAUUAGUGAGACAGCAGCCUCAGGGCUCAAUAUAUACCAUGGCAUCUGUUCUGCGCGUGACUCGCAGAGCGCAUGAUUAGGACAACCCAUUGUAAAGAGCCAAGACACAGAUACCUGGUAGAGGUUGAGAUAUAUCCAUGAGCCUGUAACCAUAAUCGGGGGCCAGAAUGGUCAGGAUAUAUGUCAGCUGUGAACAUUUUUGAGCUCUUUCUAGUAAGAGAUGGACCCCACUCACCAUCACAAGAGUCCUGUGUCCUUGGGAAUCCGGGGACUUAUUUAUAACAUGGCCAAUGAGGUGCAUAUAGCUGCUCAUAGCAAGUUAUUGCUGCUCAAGGGUCAAAUCCUGCACCCCCUCCAACAGCCCAGAAGGCCCAGUAGAUAAUCUAACAGAUGUGGCUCUGCCUGCAAAGGAGGGGGCAGGAUUCAGGGGGUUCAUGCAGCUGGAUCCCUUCCAUGUUUCAGAGCUGGGCUCAGUGGAGCUGCAUGAAGCCUAGUGAGCAGCGGCACUUAAAGGGUUACAGCAGGGUAGGACAUGGCCAUUAGCAGCAUGUCUAGAGUAAUCUUGG